AUGGCGUCAUGGUUCGGAAGUGGAUAUUCUCUGUCUUCCCAAGAAGCCCUGGAGUUGUUCUCCGCCAAUGAGGUGUUUGCGUGUGAAAACAGCACUCUGUACCUUUAUCAGGACCCAGACUUCAUCCUCAUGCUCGGUCACACCGUGCGCUACCCCUUGAAGCUGGAGUCCAGGAGUUCCUCCAUGUUACUGGUGUCCUGGAAAGAGAAGAUGCAGCCCCCGGCUGACCCUGUCCCCGUCUACUCUGUGUCCCUCUACCACUCUGAGAUGAAGGCCUACGCUGCCCUUAGUGUGGACAGAACCCACUCCAACCACUACCGCUUCACAGCCCUGGAGUCAUGCAGUUCCUAUGCUGCCUGUGUGGAGCUGGCAGGCAGCCACUCGCUUACCUGUCUCUCCACUAUCACAGACCCAGAAGUCCCCAGACAUUUCCAGGUGACGUCGUGGAACAGCAGUAGUGUCACAGUGUCCUGGGACUGUCCCGACAACCGCAAGUUCUCCUUCUUUCUUGUCACGGUCCUACACCUCAAUGGCACCAACCAUGUCCUGGAGGAGAGGUCCUUCAGGCACACACUGGACACCUUUGUGUUCUCUCAGUCUGACCUGCCGCCCUGUAGCAGGGUGAAGUUUGGCCUGCAGACGGUGUGCGAGGCGGGCACGGAGGCUCGCCACAGCAGAAUGGUCCUCAUCAACGGGAAUACUGUCCACUCAGAAAUCAAGAAGUUGUGGCAGACCUCCUCAGGGCCGGAUAACUACACCCUGAGCUGGGUGGUGAGGAACACGUCUUCUAUCUCCAUGUUCAGGAUCUACCACCAGGGGGCGCUUCACAACACCACCCUGCUCACCAGCCACACGGUGGCCAGCCUGCUGCCCUGCAACCAGUACCAGGCCAGAGUGGAGGCGCUGUGCGGCGACAGCGUGGUCAUGAGCGCCAAGACCGUACGCGCUCGGACAGGUAAGCUACAGAGCCCAGAACUCGAGGCUCAUGUGGAGCGGUUGCGGGAUCGAUGUUUGGGUAGCUCUCAUGUUUAUUUUUGA